CCCUACAAAUGCCUGGAGUGCGGCAAGAGCUUCAGCCGCAGCUCCCACCUCAUCACCCACCAGCGCCUGCACACCGGCGAGAAGCCCUACAAGUGCGCCGAGUGCGGCAAGAGCUUCAGCGACAGCUCCACCCUCAUCACCCACCAGCGCCUGCACACCGGCGAGAAGCCCUACAAGUGCCCCGACUGCGGCAAGGGCUUCAACCAGAGCUCCAACCUCACCUCCCACCAGCGCACCCACACCGGCGAGCGGCCCUACAAGUGCCCCGAGUGCGGCAAGAGCUUCAGCGUCAGCUCCUACCUGAUCCGCCACCAGAAGAUCCACACUGGCGAGAGGCCCUACAAGUGCGAGGAGUGCGAGAAGACCUUCAGCCAGAGCUCGAGCCUCAUCAUCCACCAGCGGGUGCACACCGGCGAGAAGCCCUACAGGUGCAUCGACUGCAACAAGUGGUUCAGGAACAGCUCGGACCUCAUCAGGCACCAGAGGACGCACACGGGCGAGAGACCCUACCGGUGUCCUGACUGCGGGAAAAGCUUCAACCGGAGCUCCAACCUCAUGACCCACCAGCGGAUCCACACGGGAGAGAAGCCUUACGAGUGUCCCGAGUGCGGCCGGAGCUUCACCGUCAGCUCUGCCUUGAUCAAGCACCAAAGGACCCACCGGGAGGGGAAGCCCUACGAGUGCCCCGACUGCGGGAAGAGCUUUAUCCGCUGCUCCAACUUCAUCACGCAUCGGAGAAUGCACGUGGGGUAGAGACUGGUGCUUCCCCGGCUGCCUCGCGGGGACCCGGACGGGACGUGCACGCGCGCGGGAACAUGCGUGCGGCCGAGACUGGGUUGUCCGUAGGCCGGGCUUUGGCGCGCAGAGGAGCGGUGGACCUUCCUCUGGAAGGGCAGAAGGUGGAGAGCAGACUCUUUAGCUUGAGACUGCAAAAACUUGCAUCCUCUUUGCCCGACGGUUUCCUCUUGCGGCGUCGAGGGCCGGGCGCUCUCCACGGCGCCUGGGGGAAUCGCGCACGAAACUUCGCUUUGGUGGCCAAGCCCCCUCGAAGCUGCUUUCACCGGGACUCGGAUGGCGCCGCGGCGCUGGAAACGUCCCUUUCCGCCGU